GGGUUGAGUUCACACUCGUCCGGAGAGCCUUAGAGUGCUUCCUCUUUGGCACUUCAGUAGAGUCCGGGGUCCUUGGGAACUCGGGGUCCGCUACCUCUGGCGUCCUGGGCGGGUGACCGAGGGGCAUAGGAGCCACGUCCAACGUGACCAUGCGGAAGCCGGACGGGAAGAUCGUGCUUCUGGGGGACAUGAACGUGGGUAAAACGUCUCUGCUUCAGCGCUACAUGGAGCGUCGCUUCCCGGACACGGUCAGCACCGUGGGCGGCGCCUUCUACCUGAAGCAGUGGCGUUCCUUCAACAUCUCCAUAUGGGACACCGCAGGGCGGGAGCAGUUCCAUGGCCUGGGCUCCAUGUACUGCCGAGGGGCGGCUGCUGUCAUCCUGACUUAUGAUGUGAACCACCCUCAGAGCCUGUUGGAGCUGGAGGACAGGUUUCUGGGCCUGACAGAAACAGCCAACAACGACUGUUUGUUUGCCAUUGUGGGAAACAAAGUGGACCUGGCCAUGGAUCGGGCCAUGGAGAUCAGGGAGAAAAGAGAGGCCUCUGGGAAGCUGGGCAGCUGUGUCUCUUCCAAGGUACCCAGGCAGGUGCAGCUAGAGGAUGCCAUGGCCCUUUACAAGAAGAUCCUGAAGCACAAGAUGCUAGAUGAGAGGGAGAUGCCAGCCGCUGAGCAGAUGUGCUUUGAGACCAGCGCCAAAACCGGGUACAACGUGGACCUCCUGUUUGAGACCUUGUUUGACCUGGUGGUGCCCAUGAUUGCCCGGCAAAGGGCUGAGGAGCCAUCCCAGAUUGUGGAUAUAACCAGCUGCAAAACACCCAAAAGGACUAAAUCUGGGUGCUGCACCUGAUGGCUGAGGUCUCUCUCCUGUCACCUGGCGUGUGUGGGAGCUCCAGGCUCAGAAGUUUCACAGAACACUGUGUAUAGAGGGCACCUACCUCUGUGUAUCAGGAGGUGGUACCAAAACCCUCUGCAGAGCCAGACUGGUGUUGCCUUGUCUACUGCCUUGUGUAGCAACCACCAUCGUGGAGCCUGCAGUCUAGGGACCUGCCCUGGAGUGGGCUUGACUCUCAUGGUCCCUGGUCACUACAUCCUGCACUGUGUCUGUUGUCUGUGAUUUCCUGUUUGAUACCUGUACCUGAUGCAUUAGUGUGCUAAUUCGUUUAAUUUAUACGAAAUCAGAAAUGGCUGUUUUUAUACUGGGUGAAGCUGGGUGGGCUAUGUGUUAUUAAAAAGGAUCUGAGGAAAAGCCCUGUUA